UUAACCCGGAUAGAUUUCUUCCAGAAAAAACAAAUUAUAUGCCAUAUUAUUACAUGCCUUUUAGUGAUGGACCAAGAAAUUGCAUGGGUUUGAAAUACGCAAUGAUGUCUAUGAAAGUUAUUUUAGCAACGUUGAUAAGAACGUUCGAAUUUAAAUUAAAUCAAAGUAUUGAGAUAGACAAAAUCAACUUAAAUUCGGACAUCGUAUUAUCUAUGGCUGAACCUAUAAAAAUUAGAAUUGCAAAACGAAAUCUCUAAAUAAUACGUAAAUAAAUAA